UCUACACAGGGCACAAUGGUCCUCAGUCCAGGGCUGGUCCUGGGACUCCACACCCUGAUGACCCUUCUAAACACCCAGAAAACACAGGCUGUAGAGGCCGACCACAUGGGCUCCUAUGGACCAGCCUUCUACCAGUCUUACGGUGCCAUGGGUCAGCUCACCUACGAAUUCGAUGGGGAACAACUGUUCUCUGUGGACCUGAAGAAAAGGGAGGUCGUGUGGCGUCUGCCUGAAUUUGGUGACUUGGCCCAUUUCGCCCCUCAGAAUGGGCUGGCCAGCAUUGCCGUGAUCAAAGCCCAUCUGGACAUCUUGGUGGAACGCUCCAACCGCACCAGAGCCACCAAUGGUACCUGCACUGCCCUUUCCACCUCGCCAGGCAGCGUGGGCCAGCCCAACAUCCUCAUCUGCAUCGUGGACAACAUCUUCCCCCCUGUAAUCAACAUCACCUGGUUACGCAAUGGGCACGAGAUCACCGAGGGGGUGUCCCAGACCAGCUUCUACUCCCAGCCUGACCAUUUGUUUCGCAAGUUCCAGUACCUGACCUUCGUGCCCUCAGCCAAGGAUGCCUAUGACUGCAAGGUGGAGCACUGGGUCCUGGACGGGCCGCUCCUCAAGCACUGGGAGCCCCCAGUGCCAACCUUGCUGCCAAACACCGCAGAGACUCUCGUCUGUGCCUUGGGCCUGACCGCUGGCCUGCUGGGCUUCCUCGUAGGCACCUUCCUCAUCAUCACAAGCACACGUCUGCCCAAUGGCCCCAGAUAAUGAUCCUUCUGAAGCAAACCAAUUGUAGGAAACAGCCUGCUAUUUCCUUGCAGGAUUUUAACAACCCUUGCAUGCAUGCUCAGUGACACAGUCUACUCCGUAUACCCUACUGUGCUGACUUUGAAUGGGAUUGACCUCUGUCCUAUAGGUCACCUCCUUCUGACCCAGGACUCAUGGUAGGACAUGCAGGGCACCAACUACCUCCCCUUCUGACCAUGGCAUGCACAUACACACACAUACACACACACACAAUCCUUGCUUUACCCAAGGCUCUGGAUAGCAGCACUAACUUUUCCAAUGGUGUUUGCACUGUAUCCUUUUUGCCAGGUCUUGGCCAGUUAUCUCAGGGUGUGUGAGAUGCUGGGACCUGGAAGAGGGGUCCUGGGUGCCCAAUGAGCAUGAUCACGUGGACUGGAGAUUUGUAACUAAGUAACAAUGUGUAUUAUUUUGUGAAUGGGUCAUUUCACAAAGACUUCUCAGAAUCUGCUUCCUGAAUUAAGAUUUGCCUUGCAAUGGAUGAAAAAGUAUUCUGUCCUUUGUAAUUCCCUCAACUUAGGACAGUCCUGAAGGCACUUGGAAAGGGAAGGUUCAUGGGGAUUCCACUCCUAUCUGGAUUUAUUCUGUAUGAAGAAGCCACUGGCAUCCAGCUAUGUUCUACAUCAUCUCCUUUUCAACACUUCCUGAAGGCCUAUGCAUGACAGAGAGAAGUCCAAGGCUUAGAAAAGAUGCUACUUCCCUCAAUGGGGUCAAUUAUAUCAGGUACGAGGGUAGCAGAGUAGACCUGGAAGGUAUGUGGUAGGAGAGGAGCUCUAAGAGUUCCAUGUGAACAUUUUCUAAUUAUGUGGCCCGGAAGAUUUUAGUUAACUGCAAAAAAAAAUUUUAAAAAAAAGAAAGAAAGAAAAGAAAAACACAUAAAGAGAUCAGUAACCUUACGAUACAGUUAUGUCAAGUUUAUAUCUAUGUACGAGAUACAGAUUGGUCAUUUUCAAGCCAGAAUGCAUGUAAGAAUCACUUGGAAGCCUUUUAAAAGUAACAUCACCCAAAAGUACUGAAUCAGGGUCUUGGGGUAGGGAAGAGUGGUGGCAGGGAGUCUACAAUUUUUUUUUUCUUCAUGGGAGAAAGAGCAGAGUCUUGCUGCAUCACAGUUGUCCUGUCCCAGCCUCCCAAUUAGCUAGGAUUAUAGGAGAACUGGAAUGUUCAGGUUGGCCUGGGAACUGAAACUAGGUUUCUACUGUGGCUUCCAGCCUCCAAGUGGUGGCUGUGUGACCAUCUCAACUAGGCCAAGGAGUGUUAUUUUAAACAUGUUCUUGAUGAUUCUGAUACAACCAUCCUGGACUUCGGCUCUGGUCUGGUAACUGGGACCCAUUGACACAAUCUGAUGGUACUGGAGGUCAUUGGAAGGGGAUCCCUGAGGUGAACCAGAAGGCUUUCUGGAGAAUCUGGGUCUGUUGGGGCAUCAACAUGAUCAAAAUACAAGUAAGUAGGGGCAAGAUGGGGGUUUGAAUUGUGAGCAUUUGCUCUUGGAAAGGAAGGAAACUAAGAGAUUAUAGGAACUUGGUGGGCUUCCCAAGAGAGAAUGAAUUGGAAGAAAUCAAUGACCAGGGGAAGACUGACGGAAGUGGGAAUUGUCUUGGUCAAUGUUUUUGUUUGCCAGUAACAUAAAUCCUCUUUGAUCAUGUUCAAAGUAGAGGAUAUUUACAAUAAAGGAAUGGUGCAUAGAACCUCAGGGUGGCUAUUAGCCAGGCCUUACAUGACCCACUUCAUAAUUCCAGUCCUAGAACUGGUGGCUUGAGAAACUUGCCAGGUGUGUGUGCAUGCAUGCCCCAAAUUCCAAAAGGAUGGAAAGACGGAAGAGAAAGGAUUGCAGUGUGACCAUUGCCAAUGAGAGUGUUUCCUCACUUUCUCUCUCUUUCUCUUGUCUGUGGCAAGCACACACACACCAUCUGGCAAAUUUAUAACAGUAAGAAGAAGAACUCAGACUGAAAAGCCAGCAAAAUAUGGAGCAGCACCUCU